CCCGGGCCUCUUCCGCCCGGGCCCCUCCCGCGGCCGGAAGUGGGCGCCUCGGCGGCGAUUCCGGCAUGGGGACCUCCCUGGACAUCAAGAUUAAGCGAGCGAAUAAAGUCUACCACGCCGGGGAGAUGCUGUCGGGCGUGGUGGUGGUCGCCAGCAAGGACCCCGUGCAGCACCAGGGCGUGCUCCUGACCAUGGAAGGCACCGUGAACCUCCAGCUCAGCGCCAAGAGCGUGGGCGUGUUCGAGGCCUUCUACAAUUCCGUGAAGCCAAUCCAGAUUAUCAGCAGCACCAUAGAAAUGGUGAAGCCAGGGAAGUUUCCCAGCGGCAGGACGGAGGUUCCCUUCGAGUUUCCUCUGCACGUGAAGGGGAACAAGGUCCUGUACGAGACCUACCAUGGCGUGUUUGUCAACAUUCAGUACACGCUGCGCUGCGACAUGAAGCGGUCCCUGCUGGCCAAGGACCUGACCAGGACCUGCGAGUUCAUCGUGCACUCCACCCCUCAAAAGGGGAAGCUGACGCCGAGUCCCGUGGACUUCACGAUCACACCGGAAACCUUGCAGAACGUCAAAGAGCGAGCCUCGCUCCCCAAGUUCCUCAUCCGCGGCCACCUCAGCUCCACCAGCUGCGCCAUCGCGCAGCCGCUGACGGGCGAGCUGGUGGUGGAGCACUCGGAGGCCGCCGUGCGCAGCAUCGAGCUGCAGCUGGUCCGCGUGGAGACCUGCGGCUGCGCGGAGGGCUACGCCCGCGACGCCACCGAGAUCCAGAACAUCCAGAUCGCCGAGGGCGACGUGUGCCGCGGCCUGCCGGUGCCCAUCCACAUGGUCUUCCCGCGGCUCUUCACCUGCCCCACGCUCGAGACCACCAACUUCAAAGUGGAGUUCGAGGUGAACGUGGUGGUGCUGCUCCACGGUGACCACCUCAUCACGGAGAACUUCCCGCUCCGCCUGUGCCGCACCGAGCCCGCCAAGCCCGGGGCCGUGUGACGCCGCCCCCCUCCCGCGGUGGACCCCACGGGGGACGCAGGCGGCAGGUGGCCCCGUGACUGGAGGAGCGCCCCGCAGCCCCCCCCCCUGCCCCCGGGCUUGGGGCGCUCUGGUGGCCUCCAGCUCCUCCUGCAGGGCCCGGUCCCCAGGCUGGCAGAGAGGACAAGGCCCCGGGUCAGGGCAGAGAAGGCUGGGGACCGGCGGAUUCCGUUCCGCACAGUCACUCCCCCCCCCCGCCCCCCCAGGCCUUCCUCCUGCCAGGGCCCUGGGGUGUGGUGACAGAGCGCGGGGGCGCUGAUGACCGGCUGCGGGUCAGGCUGACCCAGGCUGCCGCGGCCUCUUGGGAGAACGCCCGGCCCCUUCCACACAGCCGGGGAAGAAAAGUUGGGACACAGGAACUCUUUUCCUUUGCCUCUGAAGUAAGAGCAUAAACCCCAUUCGUUUAUUCA